ACUUUACGAUUUAGACAUGGGGAUUGAGAGUUGGGUGACUGAAGAAGCAGUUGACUAAAACGGGAUCAUGGAUGAACUACUUCCUCAAGCUUUACCAAUUGGAGGUCCAGAAGUUUCUGGUGAUCUUGAAGAGGACAAUGAUAGAGCACCAGCCACUGCUGAAGAAUAUCUACAACGGGUUAGAAACGAAGCAAGACUAACCCCAGAUGUUGUAAUUGCACACCUUGAUCGAGAUACGUUGAGAAGCAAGCAAACCGUCAUAGUCUCAAAUUCGACCGGUUUCAGCCCUGCUCCUAGAGGGUUUGCUCCCACCUCAACAUGGCAGCGUCAACAAUCUGCAUCAUUCUCAGAAUUACGACAGAGAUUAGCUGGAGUCACAGCAAGGAUUGUGGGCGAGAGAAAAGACAAGAUGGAAUUGCCAAGGUACAAAGAUGAGGACUCAUGGUGUCAGUUCUGUUUAGGACGAGCAUUCCUUGAUCGGCUAAGAAAAAAGCAAGGGAGACCUCCGGUAGAUGAUGAAGAUGAUGAGAUUUGCAGUGAUAUAACAAUAACCACACCCGUCCCACCAUUGGUCAGCAUCAUCAGUUCACUUGACCAGGCAAUGGUACAGAAGCUAUUGGAAUACCAUGUGGAGUGGUUAGAAAUGCUUGGUUUCUCAAUAGCACAGGGAUGCUGGCUGUUUGCUCUACUCGCUUGCCUGGAAAAACCUCUAUUAGCAGAUUCCACAGCUACGAUACGAACUCUCUCCAGGCACUGUGCUACGCUCAGAGCUGUGAUGGACUCCAACACAGAAGAGAACCUUGUAGCACUCAAUCUCCUUAUCAGCAUCAUUGCACGAUACUUUGAUCAAACAGACUUGGCUGACAAUGGAUGACUUCACGCUCUUCAUUCUAAUAUUAUUGUCUUCCUGAUUCAGACCAAUGUUGAGAUGAACUGUAUUUGCAGAUGGAUGUAGUGCUUAUAAGUUUCCAACGGGCAGGUUCUGAAGGGUAAUUUAUAUUAUCUGAAUUACCAUUCUGCAUAAAGACACUGUGAGCUUUGAAUUUGAACUGAGAAUGAACAGUGAUGAGCUUUGAAUGCCAUUGGAAAGAGGUUUCUUAUGUCUAAGGAUCCUGUGGAAAAUAGGUGGAUUAUUCUUCAUAGAUUUGUACUUCAGGGAUACCAGUGGCAAUGGUCUGUAGAGACAUUUUUUUUACCAUUCACAUUUUAAAGUUGUUUUUCCUUGGUGUGAGGAAAAGGGCCAAAAUUUGCACCCCCCCAAAAAAAAAAAAUUGCCACAAGCUGAAGCACUUGGCAUGAAGUUUCCUCUGUCUAGGGUCCAGGUCCUGCUCAAGUCAAGGGUCCUGGAAAUAACCUUCAUUGCUGUAACUCUCGAAGAUUCUAGCCUUAUUUUGAAACCGUUUACAAUAGUUUUGUGACACAUGAUUUUACAGAGUGGCUUAGACCCUUCCAAGAAAAAAAAAGGAUUCACUGGUAGAAAUAAUGUGUCAAAAUAGUCUUAAUUUGUAUCUUUCAUAUUAGGGCAUAUCAGUUCAUGCCUUUGGGCAGCCAUAAAAGGUUAGCUGGGUUUUUUUUUCAUCUUGUUUUCUAUAAGGUAUCCACCCUCCCCCACAGUUAAGUCUGUGUAAGUAAUUGUCAACAUCAAAGUGUGUGCUUGGCUUGAAGUGUUUGACUAUGACUAUCAACAAGAUCAUUGGGCAAUCAAGGUUGCUGUGUGUAUAUUUCGGGAUACUUUAUUGAAGCAAAUCACUUACAACUGAUAUAAGCCACAAAUAUCCUUCCAUCUUAUUGGCUCAGAACAUGGAAAAUCACUUCUUAAUUCAUGAAACCUGCUUGUGCGGAUUUGGCAGAAAACUUUAAUCUAAUUCUUUUGUGUAGCAUCUGCAAUUAUUCAAUAUUGAAAAUUCCUUGUUUUUCAAAUGGUCAUAUUGAUUCCUAUUAAAUAUGAAUUUAGAAUGCCAUUAUCAUGAAGUAUUUCAUUCAAAGAGACAAACAUACACUGCAUUAUAUUCCACAAAGUAUAAACCAUUCUCCCCUUUUCCCCAAUAUUGAAAAAAAAUAUCAAUUUAUUGGAUAACUUUGCCAGGUGGAGAUCAUCAGCUACAUAGGUAUUAUAUUUGUUUUCAGAUGGUCCCAAGAAAUUUUGCAAGUUGUGAGAGCAGGGGCCUUAUGCAGUGUUUCAUUUAAAUGCAACUAAAACAGGGGGGAGACUCAGUAUAUUUUGGACAGUGGUAUGUGCUGUGGAGGGGACCCUAUUUUAACAAUGAAUUUUCUCUUCCAGGGCAUACCAUUUUCCCAUGGCCAUGUGCCAAAGAAAAUCUGUUCUAAGGCAUAAAAGAAUCCCCAUACCAUCGCAGUAGACGUAAUCCCGGCCUUCCUUGCUCGGGGCUGUGUGCAAGAAUCUUUGCACUGUCGUUCAGCAGAGCUCCGCGGAGCACUACUCUUUGUCAGUGAUAAAGCUGCCAGUGUGUAGAGAUUGGGCGUGUGUUCGGAUGAUAUUGGCACUUUGGUGGGCAGCGUCGGAAGUAAAAAUAUGUGGUUUCCAUCAACAUUUACUCAAAAUCUAGUUCCAGGGACACACAAAGUUUCAUGAUUAUUAGGUCUAGGGUAUCAUAUUUACAUAAUAAAAAAUCCAGAGAUCCUCUUUUUGCAACAUUUUAAGAAGUUCCAGGGACUCACACUUUCAUGACUAGCUGUUCUGGGUCCCCCUAAUUUUGACUUGCUGUCAAGCCUCUUACUAUCAUAGUUAAAGUAAAACGCACUAGGUCAAAUCAUCAUCUAAUCUAUCAUGGUCACUGUAAUUCCCAGAUGGUGUACUAUAUGUCUACUUCUUAUUUUGCACUUUGUAACAUGAAGAUUUAGUUCAUCUUAUAGGAUCUUAGAUAAAGGAGUUUACACUCAAUGGUCAGUAAAAAAAAUGGUUGUACAGGGGAACCAGGAUCAUGUGGAAUAGAUACCAAAUGGAAAGUAGAAUUGGGUGUAGAUCCAAACAGUUGUGACUUUACCAACAAGAUCAGGAAUGCAGAAAAGUGACUUUUAAAAGCAGUUUGUGGGAUUCUUGCUUAAAGAUGAGACAUAGGCUAUUGUAAGGUUCACGAUACAAUGUCAAUUAUUUUCAUGUCAAUAUUUAUGCUAAAAGUUGAAAUUUUCUCCUCAGCUGUGUUUUAUUGCCUUGCGUCUGUACUUAUAAUAAAUAAACAAUCUUUUAUUUCUUA